CAAGAGUGGCGGCUACUGAGCGCUGUGUCCCCUUUUUUUCCCCGAAGCGCUUCCCGUCUCUUUCCUUCCUUCCCCCAGUCCCCUCCCUCACAGGCAGGGACUCGUACACGCGCCUAUCCGAGCAGCCGCGCCACCGGGGGAGGGAGGGCAGCGAGAGUCUGAAGGGCGGAAACUCCCUCCCGUCCGCGGGAGGCUCGGGAAAGGCCUGGUCCUAGAGGGCAGCCAUGGCAGGAGUGGGCGGAGGGAAUGAUUUCCAGUGGUGUUUCUCUCAAGUAAAAGGUGCCAUCGACGAGGAUGUGGCGGAAGCUGAUAUUAUUUCAACUGUCGAAUUCAAUUGUUCCGGAGAGUUGCUAGCUACAGGCGACAAAGGCGGGAGAGUUGUUAUAUUCCAAAGGGAACAAGAGAAUAAAAGUCGUCCUCAUUCGAGGGGUGAAUAUAACGUUUACAGCACUUUUCAAAGCCAUGAGCCUGAAUUUGAUUACUUGAAAAGUCUAGAAAUCGAAGAAAAAAUUAACAAAAUUAGGUGGUUGCCACAGCAGAAUGCUGCUAAUUUUUUACUGUCUACCAAUGACAAAACUAUAAAAUUGUGGAAAAUAAGUGAGCGCGACAAACGAGUUGAAGGCUACAAUUUAAAGGAUGAUGAUGGCAGACUGCGGGAUCCAUUUAGAAUCACUUCUUUACGGGUACCAAUAUUGAAACCCAUGGACCUAAUGGUUGAAGCAAGUCCACGAAGGAUAUUUGCAAACGCACACACAUAUCAUAUAAACUCAAUUUCCGUAAAUAGCGACCACCAAACUUACCUUUCAGCAGAUGACCUGAGAGUUAAUUUAUGGCAUUUAGAAAUUACAGAUAGAAGUUUUAACAUUGUAGAUAUUAAGCCGGCUAACAUGGAGGAGUUGACCGAAGUCAUAACGGCAGCAGAAUUCCACCCUCAUCAUUGUCAUAUGUUUGUCUACAGCAGUAGCAAAGGAACAAUUAGACUGUGUGAUAUGCGCGAUGCUGCACUUUGUGAUAGACAUUCAAAAUUUUUCGAAGAACCAGAAGACCCCAGCAGCAGGUCGUUUUUCUCCGAAAUAAUCUCCUCAAUAUCAGACGUCAAGUUCAGCCAUAGCGGCCGUUACAUGAUGACUAGAGAUUACUUGUCUGUAAAGGUGUGGGACCUCAACAUGGAAAGCCGGCCAGUAGAAACCUAUCAGGUUCAUGAGUACUUACGAAGCAAGCUGUGCUCACUGUAUGAAAACGACUGCAUUUUUGACAAGUUUGAAUGCUGUUGGAAUGGAUCAGACAGCUCAAUCAUGACCGGUUCCUACAACAACUUCUUCAGGAUGUUCGACCGCAACACGCGUCGGGACAUCACACUGGAAGCUUCGAGGGAAAGCAGCAAACCCCGCGCCACCUUAAAGCCGCGCAAAGUCUGUACAGGCGGCAAGAGAAAGAAAGACGAGAUCAACGUGGACAGCUUAGACUUCAACAAAAAGAUCCUCCAUACAGCGUGGCACCCUACAGACAACAUCAUCGCUGUCGCCGCCACCAAUAAUUUGUAUAUAUUCCAGGACAAAGUUAACUAAAAAAAAAA